AUCCCUGGAAAAACCCGCUCAGGAAAAAUACAAAUAAGUAAGAGGUUUCAUGGAUGGAUCUCUCAGCGUACCAACAAACUGGCACACAAUUUCAAAAUACCCAUACCGAAAGAUACUCGCUGCUCCCUCUACUCAUCUUCUUCAAGAAAACCAAACUUUUUUAUUUUAUUAUGAAUUAACAUGUGAUGUAUAUAUUCUACUCGAAUAUUAAACACUCUGAAUCACUGAACUUGCAUAUUAAUUUACAUCUCCUACUCACUUAAACAUCAUCACCAUAUAUCACUGAUUAGCUCUAGUUCUGAAUUUGCUCCUUUGAAAGAAGCAUGGCAGAGAAGACAACAGCCCCUAGAGAGCUGCUGAUAACAGUCCCAGGCGAUGGAUAUCUAAGUGACUCAACUACUGAGUUAACAAAAAUGAGUCCGAGGUGCGGCCCGGGUCCCGGUAAGCCCCCGAAAAUCCCAGUUUCUGAUGAGACUCUCACUCGAAGAAGGUCUCUCGCAAGGUCAAUGUAUUCAAAACCAAGAUCAAGAUUUGGUGAACAGCCACUUCUUGUUGAUGCUUCUGUACUGGAAGAAGAUAAUUUAGCUAAUAUUCAAGAACACAUUUCAAGAAAUUCGUCUAUGAGGAGGUCACUGAGUAGAGGAUCACAUAAUAGCAAAUCUGGUUAUUCUGCUAUUCGGACAAACUCCAUCGCUCAUAGAACAGCUCUAGGAUUGUCUGGUCAUGUACAUGACCAUGACGAUGACGAUGACGUGGAGGAUGUUGUCAAGAGAGUUCAAUCUUUAAAAGAAAAGAAGAAGAAACUAGGUUUUAAAGUUGUUCUGCAGUGGAUUGUAUUUCUUAGCCUUUUGGGUUGCUUGGUGGCAAGCUUGAAAGUUCAGAAAAUGAAGGAAUAUAUGAUCUGGGGCUUAGAGCUUUGGAAAUGGUGCGUUCUUGUCCUGGUAAUUUUCUCAGGAAUGAUGGUUACUACUUGGUUUAUGAAUUUUGUUGUUUUCUUGAUCGAAAGGAAUUAUUUACUGCGAAAAAAAGUUCUUUAUUUCGUUUACGGAUUGAAAAAGAGUGUUCAAGUGUUUGUUUGGAUCGGUUUGGUUCUUCUUGCUUGGGGACUUUUAUUUGAUUGCGAAACUGAGAGAUCCAAGAAAGCUAAAAAGUUUCUGCACUGCGUAACUUGGACUCUUGCUGCGCUUCUUAUCGGAUCAUUUUUGUGGAUGAUCAAGACUCUAUUAUUAAAGAUUUUAGCCUGUAGUUUUCAUGUAAACACGUUCUUCGACAGAAUUCAAGAAUCAAUCUUUCAUCAGUAUGUUUUGCAGACUCUUUCAGGACCUCCAGUGAUAGAGGAAGCCGAGAAAGUUGGAAAAUCAACCAGCACGGGUCAACUCAGUCUCAGAAGUUCGAAAAAGGGUAAAAAGAAUGAGAAAAAAGUGAUUGAUAUGGAGAAACUCUAUACAAUGAAGCAAGAAAAAGUUUCAGCUGGGACUAUGAAAACUUUGGUAGAUGCAAUAACAAAUUCAAGACUCUGUACACUUUCUGAUGCAUUGGAAGAGAGUGUUAAUGGAAAUACAAGAGCUUAUGAUAAUGAGAUUCAUAACGAGAUGGAGGCGAUUGCUGCUGCGUAUCAUAUUUUCAAUAAUGUUGCUAAGCCUGGUUCGAAAUACAUUGAUGAAGAGGACUUCCAUAGGUUUAUGAUUAGUGAAGAGGUGGAUCUUGUUUUUCCACUGUUUGAAGCAUCUGAGAAUGGACAAAUUGACAGAAAAUCUCUCACAGACUGGGUGGUUAAGGUUUACAAUGGUCGGAAAGCACUUGCACAUGCUUUAUGUGAUACCAAGACUGCAGUGAAACAGCUGAACAAAGUUGUAUUGGGAGUUCUGAUAGCUGUGACAAUUUUUAUUUGGAUACUGUUACUUGAAAUUGCAGAUUCAAAAUCACUUUGGUACAUCGUCACACAACUUCUAGUGAUCGCCUUUAUGAUGAAGAAAACAUGUACAACCGUAUUUGAAGCUCUAAUGUUUGUUUUCGUGGCGCAUCCCUUUGACGUCGGUGAUCGUUGUGUUGUUGAUGGCAUGAUUCUGUUGGUGGAGGAAAUGAACAUCUUAACGACGGUUUUCUUGAAGCUUGAUAAUGAAAAGGUAUACUAUCCCAAUGCUGUUUUGGCUACGAAGCCGAUCUCCAAUUUUUACAGAAGCCCUGAUAUGGGCGAAGCUAUUGAAUUCUCAAUUGAUUUUGCUACUUCAAUGGAGAAGAUUGGAUUGCUCAAAGAAAAAAUCAAGCAAUAUCUGGAAAACAAUCCCCAACAUUGGUAUGCUGGACAUGGAUUUGUGGUGAAAGAAAUAGAGAAUGUGAACAAAUUAAAAAUGGCUAUAUAUUGUUCUCAAACUAUCAACUUUCAAGACUGGCCGGUGAAGAGCGGCCGGAGGAGUGACUUUGUUUUUGCACUCAAGACGAUGCUGGAAGAAUUAGAAAUCAAAUAUUAUCUUCCGCCACAACAAAUUCACGUCCGCCAUAUUGGAUCAGAUGCUGCAAUUGCCUCCAAAUUUUGAUCAAGCUGUAAAUGUAGUCUCUUUUUGUUUAUUUUGCUUCAAUUUUGACAUAUAUGGCUCAGGUUACCGUUGCAAUAAAAUCUUGACCACUCAUUUGUAAAUUGAAUUGGACAAUAUUUGACUGCUUUGAUGAA